AUGUCAGUAACUAGAGUCCAAGAGUCUUCAUAUAAAAGAAUUAAAAGGCUUCGCGAGCCAAGUGACACUGCUGAACUGAACAAGUUCAAGGUAGCUAAAUACAAUCAAGUAGCUACAAAUGUGGACGUUGCCCAGCCGCCAUGUGACCCUAUAGCGCAAAUCACAUUCAAUGCUAGAAACCAAUCUAUUUUAUCAAUAACUCAUUUAAAAGAACCACUCAAGCUUCAAACAAAGUACCCAAUACCUGAGAUUCUACCACAUGAAAUUCUAGUUAACAAUAAAGCUAUAGGUCUCAAUCCGAUAGAUUGGAAAGGUAAGAAAUAUGGGUUUGGGAUUUACCAUUUCCCCUGGAUUAACGGCCGUGAAUCUAGUGGUGAUAUAGUCAAGAUCGGAUCACAAGUAAAGGAAGGGUUACGUAUUGGCGACAAGGUAAUUUUGAGCUCCACUUGUUACAGAGAUAAUCGAACCUCUACAUUUCAACAAUAUACAGCAAUCGAUUCUCGGUUGGUUUGGAAAUUGCCCCAGAAUUUCACCUAUGAAGAUGGCGCUACGAUAGGUGUUGGAUUAGUUACCGCGGGUGUCUUACUUUACAAUUCAUUUGGUUUCAAACUUGAAUCUAAACCAAAACCAAAACCAAAACCAUGCAAGAAUGGUACCUUGUUGGUCUGGGGUGGAGCUACCAUAGUUGGCAUCUAUGUGACGCAAUUGGCUAAGUUAAAUGGAUUAAGAGUUAUAUCUGUUGCAAGCACGAAGCAUGAGAGGUAUUUGAAAGAAAUAGGAGUUGAUGAAUUGGUAAAUAGACAUUUACAAAUUGAGGAGAUCCAAAAACAAGUGUAUAAUGCCGCACCUAAUGGAAUUGAUUUUGGUAUUGAUUGUGUUUCAAAAGAAACAUCAGUCAAGGUUCUUUCCUUACUUGAUGAAAAUCACAAGAAAUUAGCAAAACACAAAACAAAGCUGUUAUUUGCAGGAAUAGUUGGAGUUCCAAGAGAGGUCCCCUCACUGGUUGAGUUGAAAGAAGUUGUUAUUAAACGAUUCCACGAAGAUGUUGCGUUUGGUGCAAAAUUUAUAGAAGCAACAACUUCCUUUUUGGAUAACAGAUUGAUCAAACCGGCUCGAUACAAACAAUAUAAAGGUGGGUUGGAAAUAAUCGAUGACGCCUUGAAGGAUUUGGAAACAAUGGGCGCAAAUGGAGAAAAGUACGUUGUGAGUAUCCAAGAAUAA